UUGAAAGAGGUCAAUGAUAGCAACAUGGUGAUUAUCCAUAUGUGCCGAGCUUUAAAAGAGCUGGCUCGCACACUGAGAAUCGAGCUCCACACGAACUCAUCAGUAGCCGCUCUCUCAUACCAUCUGAGGACUUUCUGCAGCGCCUCCCUGUUCUGCUCGGGUGAUAGAACAGAUCCCCAAGUCACUGGCAAAUGUUGCGUGGCAGCAUCUCAUAUGAUCUCUAAUCAAGCCACCUGCUGCAUGAACCCACAACUAAUCGAGUUUUUUAACAAAAGACCAUGCUACCUUAGCAAGGAAUGCGAGGCUGAGUUCAUGGGCACUGAAGAGACCCAAUCCACCAUCCUUCUUUGGUCGACAAAUUGCCUCCCAAUGCACCAGGUGAACCUUCUGCACUCCUUCCGAGGCUCCCCAUAUGAAACUUUGGAUUUUGCGAUAGAUAGAGUCACACAUGGAUUUUGGGAGCAUAGUGGUUUGCAUCAUGUAGGUUGGUAGAGAAUUCAACACUGAGAUAGCAAAGGUAGCUCGACCACCAAAACUGAGGGUUUGCAAUUUCCAUCCUUAAAGUAUAUUUUUCAGACGAUCAAGAAUAACUUGGUUAGUUACCUUAGUUACCAUGUCAUGCAGGACAUGGACUCCUAGGUACCGAACAAGAUCAUGCGUCAUAGGCAUCUCCAGAUCACGAGCAAUUGAAGCGCAAAGCUGUCUAGGGGUGUUGCUGGAGAAGAAUAUAGUUGAUUUGUCCUUAGUCGCUCACACUCGAGCACACUCCUAUGCUUGUUGUUUGUUGUCUAGGCUCGUUCCUUUAUGUCCUAUGGUCGUUUGGUUUAGGACUUACCUAUUGUCCAGAUGCGAGGCAAAAUUGGUCCAAGCACUUUGCAACCACAAUUUCUUGUGCCUCAGUUGCUUCUGCAAAGAGAAUGAGAUCGUCAUAAAAAAAUAAGCGGGAGAGAGGAGGUCUACCUGGGGAUGUUCGGAUAGGCUUCCACUUCCUCUCCUCAACCGCACUCUCAAUAGUAUGACUGAAUUGUUCCAUGCACAGGGUAAACAUGUAUGGUGAAAGCGGGCAUCCUUGGCACAGGCAUCGAGAUGGAGUGAAUUCCUUAGUCAAGACCCCAUUCCAUAAUACAUGCAUAGAUGUGGAUGUCAUACACAACAUUAUAACCAUCUACAAGAUUUAUUGGGAGUCCAACUUCCUCCAGCGUCUCCCUGAGAAAAUCCUAGCUUAGUCGGUCGCAGGCCUUUGCUAAGUCGAUCUUUAAUGCCAUCUAGCCCCAUAAAGUGGAUAACAUCUUGUAGAAUAAUGAUAUUAUCUAUUAUGUGACGACCAGGAAUGAAGCUCGUUUGGGUUGAGUGGAUUAAGAUCCUCAUAAGCGUCGUUAUGCAGUUCACAAGGACUUUGGAAAAUGUCUUAUAAACCACAUUGCACAAGGCAAUUGGCCAGAAUUGCGUGAUGGGUUCCUGAAUCUCCUUUUUGGAAUCAAACAGAGGAGGGUAGCGUUCACUAGAGAGAUUCAACUUGGGUCCUCCAAGUAGUCUCACACAAAUUGAACUGGGGAAGAAGCUACAUUACUCCAACACUUUUGGAAGAACACCAAGGGAAAUUAUUCCUUCCUUGGAGCCUUGAAUCCUCCUAUGCUCUUGAGAGUCUGCAGACUAACAAAACACAACACUUCCAUAAUGGCCAAGUAUAACCACUAUGGAAGACUGCACUAAAGUGGGUUCGGUUCAAAUUAUCGACCCAGGUCCUAGGUAUAAUGUCUACUUCCUGAAUGUCUAUUAUUGAGCAGUUAAAUUGUGGUGGAGAUGCAAAAAGCAAAGUAAAAAGGAAAUCAAAUAAAUUGUUCGGCUUUUGAAAGCAAGAAGAGUCACUCAGGUAUGCGCCCCCUAGCUCCUCAAUUCGGUCCAUGUUGUAAUUUCCUUUGGUAAUUUUACUGCUGAUUAACCUACGGAAUAUUCGAUAAUAGCUUGAAAUCUCUUAAGCCGACCAAGCUCUCUUAGUCAAAAUACGCUACGGGCGACUAACCUUCACUAGAAUAAAAUACUAAGGCAAUA